CUGUUCACCAGGAGGUGCUUUUUUCAGAGCUCCACCUGGGUGGUGUUUUAAGAAAGGAAAGGAGUUCCUUGACAAGCUCAGCUUCUACUACCGAUCUGGCCUUGAGGACUGGAGGCCAGCAGGCCGCCGCUCUGCGUAGUCCGGUCCAGUGUGAUCUCAGCAUGUUCCUAGACCUCCAGUGUCUAAGAAUGCAGAGGUGUAAGCCAAAGCAGGGGGGAGCUUUUGUGAAAUGGCACGGGCAAGGCUCGAAGGGCUGGAGAGGAGACUUUGCAGGCGGUUUUGAAUCAGGGACUCACCCGAGGCAUCGUUAGCACGGAAAGGAGAUGAGAGUCGGCGAGAUUGAAGCUGCAGGGAGAUGGACAGUGAGGUGCAGAGAGAUGGAAGGAUCUUGGAUUUGAUUGAUGACGCUUGGCGAGAAGACAAGCUGCCUUACGAGGAUGUGGCAAUACCACUGAAUGAGCUUCCUGAACCAGAGCAAGACAACGGCGGCACCACAGAGUCCGUCAAAGAGCAAGAGAUGAAGUGGACGGACUUGGCCCUGCAGUACCUCCACGAGAACGUCCCCCCCGUUGGAAACUGACGCGCGGCUCCUUUCUCGUGGAGGGCCUUACAGGUCCACAGAGAACGUGAUUUCUUUCGGCCUCCUCAUUCCGAUCUUGAGUAAUAAAUCAGUGCUCAGAAAUGUA